AUGACGAAGGGUACCUCCAGCUUCGGUCGCCGCUCGCUGCACGUCCAGAAGCAUGAGUGCUCCUCCUGCGGCUACCCCUCCGCCAAGACCCGAAAGUUCAACUGGGGCGAGAAGGCCAAGCGGAGAAAGACCGUCGGCACCGGCCGCAUGCGCUACCUCAAGGACGUGUCCCGACGAUUCCACAACGGCUUCCAGACCGGCCAGCCCAAGGGUGCCCGCAGCGCCCCCAAGUCCGAGUCCUCUUAA